UGAAAUAAUUUACCAGAACUUAAACCGGAGAAAAAAUAAUAUAUGGAUGGAGGUGGAGAGGAUGAAGGUUCAUUGGAAUUUACACCAACAUGGGUGGUUGCUGCUGUAUGCACCGUCAUUGUUUCAAUUUCUCUAGCUGUUGAACGUCUCAUCCAUUAUGCUGGGAAGCGUCUGAAGAGGAAGAAACAAAAGCAUCUCUAUGAAGCCCUACAGAAAGUUAAAGAAGAGUUGAUGCUGUUGGGGUUUAUUUCCCUGCUGUUAACGGUAUUUCAAAGUCGCAUUGUCGAAAUUUGUGUGCCUCCUCGUGUUGUAACACACUUACUUCCCUGCGCGUUACCGUUGGAGCAUACUUCAUUUUCAUCUCCAACUCCAUCUCCACCUCCGACUCAUGAAGAGCCUCAUGUUAACAAUCAGACGGUUCACUAUCAUGCUGGUCCUCACCAUCAACGACAUUUGCUUGCCGAAGAAACAAUGACUGCUGAGGGUUACUGCCAUCAUAAAAAUAAGGUUCCGUUACUAUCUCUUGAGGCGUUGCAUCAUCUUCAUGUUUUUAUAUUUGUCCUAGCUAUUGUGCAUGUGACAUUCUCUGUUCUGACUAUUGUAUUUGGAGGAGCAAAGAUACGUCAAUGGAAGCAAUGGGAGGAUGCAAUCGUAAAAGAUGAUUAUGAAUCCGAACAUGCUCAUCUGAAACCAACAGUUACUCAUGUCUAUGAACAUGAUUUCAUCAGGAAUCGAUUUCAGGGUAUGGGUAGACAAUCAGCCAUUUUGGGUUGGGUGCAUUCUUUCUUCAAGCAAUUUUAUGCUUCUGUCAACGAAUCAGACUACAGAGCGCUUCGUUUGGGAUUCAUUAUGACACAUUGCAGGGGAAAUCCAAGAUUCAAUUUUCACAGGUACAUGAUACGUGCACUGGAAGACGAUUUUAGGACAGUUGUUGGUAUCAGUUGGUAUCUCUGGAUAUUCGUAAUCCUCUUCUUGUUGCUUAAUAUUAACGGUUGGCAUACAUAUUUCUGGAUUGCUUUCUUUCCUUUUAUUCUUCUGCUUGCUGUGGGAACAAAGUUGGAGCAUGUGAUUCUACAGUUGGCUCAUGAAAUUGCUGAGAAACAUGUAGCCAUAGAAGGUGAAUUGGUUGUAACACCAUCUGAUAAUCACUUUUGGUUCGAUAACCCUCAAAUCAUCCUCUUCUUGAUACAUUUUAUUCUCUUCCAAAAUGCUUUUGAAAUAGCAUUUUUCUUCUGGAUUUUGUUCCAAUAUGGCUUUCACUCCUGCAUUAUGGGAAAAUAUGUCUUUGUGAUUCCUCGGCUUGUCAUAGGGGUAAUCAUUCAAGUUUUAUGCAGCUAUAGCACACUGCCACUUUAUGCUCUAGUUACACAGAUGGGGAGUCAUUAUAAGAAAUCGAUGUUCGAUAAUCAUGUUCAAGCUUGUCUUAUGGAAUGGGCUGAGAAGGUGAAAAAGAAAAAGGGACAUAAGUAUGGUAGAGAUAGUUCUACCCGUUCAAAUGAAGGUUCAGUUCUUGGAUCACCAAUGUCUAUAAAUGACCACAAAGAUCUCCCUCAAAAUGGGUUUCUGCACUCCUUUUUAACACCGAGAACUACAAUGCAGUUUUCAUCCAUACAAUCAAAGCCAGAUUCGCAGAAGAAUGUGCUGACUUACUCAAUGAUACAAAGAAAUAACCCAAAUCAAAGUGGUAGAAUGAUAUCAGUAGGUUUCCUACAAUUCCAUUUUGUUGCUCUAAGCCUAUUUUAGACUCAAGGACGUCGACAAUUGGUAUUACCAUAUAACGAUGAUAAAGGCUAAAAUCCAGGCAAGCCAUUCAAACUUGGCAUUACUACCCAGUCAGAAUGAAGCUAGUACACAUAAGAACUCAAUCCCAGAAAGGAUACUCGAAGCAUACUUAGAAGUUUUUAACAUUUUUUCUUUUUGGGAUGAAUGAGGGUCAAUUUUAUUACUUUUAUUAGAAGUGUGAGCAUUUAGGUCUCAGGAUAACCAGGAGGUGGAUGAUAUGAUACAAAACAAAAACUCAGACACAUUCCAGGCUUAGAACUGUUCAACAUACCAUCCAAAAGAAUAUAUGAUGUUACCUUCAAAAGAAGCACCAGAAUAGAUGAAUGAUGCAGUGAAUAUAUAUGUUCACAAAAUAUACAUUUCCAACACAAAUUGAAAUGUGAAACGUGGCAAAAAAGUAUCCCAAACAACUUCUCUACAUAGCAAUUCAAGUAAGAAAUCAGAGCAAUUGAUUAGUAGAGAGGCACCCUUUA